AUGGCACGCCAACGCCACCUCCUCCUAUUCUUUAGCCUCCUCCUCCUGAUCUCUUUCUCGAUAGCUGUUGAUGACGAUGCCGCCGUCAUGACUAAGCUUUUGAAGUCCAUUUUCAGUCCCCCAUCCACUUGGGGAACCGAAAAACACUUCUGUGAUUGGGGAGGAAUCACGUGUGACUACAACUCAUCAAACUACAGUCGUAGUGUUACCUCCAUCGAUCUUCGUGGUAAAUCACUCACAGCAACCCUGCCCUCCGAUCUUAACAACCUAUCACGUCUCGAAACUCUUAACCUUCGAUGUAACAAUUUUACAGGCCCCCUGCCUACGUUAUCUCAUCUCACUCUCCUCCGGGAGGUAUACAUCAGUAACAAUAAGUUCACUUCAAUCCCCCCGGAUUUCUUUCACGGUCUUAUUAAUCUCCAGAAGUUUGAUAUCUCCAACAACCCUUCUUUGGCACCAUGGAGUCUCCCCACUGACCUCACUCAACACACUAACUUAAAAUCAUUUUAUGUCAAUGGGGCAAACCUAAUCGGUUCUAUUCCAAACGAUUUCGACCGUCUCUCUAAUUUGCGGAUACUUAAUUUGUCUGACAACAACCUCAAUGGAAGCCUCCCCUCCCAACUCAACAAGCUCAACGAUCUCAUCAAAAUCGAUCUCAGUAACAACUCGUUCUCCGGCGCCUUGCCUACUCUGUCUGACCUCGGUUCACUAGAAACACUAUACCUAGACAACAACAACUUCACUUCAAUCCCCGGGAAUUUCAUUUCCGGUCUCUCGGCUCUCAAAGACUUUCGCAUCUCUAACAACUCAUAUCUAGAGCCAUGGGCUCUCCCAAACUACUUUGGCGAUAUUAAUCAAUUAGAAUCAUUUGAAGCCGCUAAUGCUAGCGUAAUAGGUUCCAUUCCAGACUAUAAUAAAGAUUAUAAUAGUUUGGAGACAAUCUAUUUGUCCUACAAUAAUCUCACAGGAACCAUACCUGCAUCUUUUGCCAUGUCGCCGAUUAGCGAUCUUUGGCUUGACAAUCAGCUUCAAGGCCUUUCUGGUACGCUUGAUGUGAUCUCCUCAAUGUAUCGACUUAAGCACGUUCAGUUAGAAGCUAAUAAUUUCAGUGGUCCUAUUCCUCAAAAUUUGACAGGUUUGCCAUAUCUUCAACUACUUGAUGUGUCAAACAAUAAUAACAUUUAUGGAUAUAUACCUGAAUUGAAACCUAAGGUGACGUUCCUUUAUAACAAUACUUCAAUACUUGAACAAAGUUCUAGAACAGAUAAUGUUAACAAUACUUCAAUACGUAUACAAAGUUCUAGCAAAGAUAACGUUUCAUUACGUGUGACUAUUGGUAGUGUAAUAGCUAGUGUUCUAGCUUUAGCUGGGAUUAUGUUGUUUUACAAGUAUUAUGGAGUUUCUAGAAAAUCACACUUUCAAAUUACGGGAAGUCAUGGUGAAAUACCUAUUUCUGAAAAUGGCAAUGUAAUGAUUUCCAUGCAACUGCUUGAGCUUGUCACUGAUAAUUUCAGUAAUAACAACGUGUUGGGGAGAGGUGGAUUUGGUACGGUUUACAAAGGCGAGUUACUUGACGGAACAAAGAUUGCAGUCAAGAAGAUGAAAUCUGAUGUGAACGGAACAAAAGGGAUUCAAGAAUUUCAAGCUGAAAUUGGGGUACUAACAAAAGUGAGGCAUAGACAUCUUGUUGCUCUUCUUGGUUACUGUAUUAAUGAUAAUGAGAGGCUUCUAGUGUAUGAAUAUAUGUCACGAGGUACUUUAAGUCAACAUUUGUUCAAGUGGAGAGAACAUAAAAGUCAACCUCUUAGCUGGAAUCAAAGAAUUUCAAUUGCUUUAUAUGUGGGAAGAGGAGUUGAAUAUAUGCAUAACUUAGCUCAACAAAGCUUUAUUCACCGUGACUUAAAGCCUGCUAACAUUCUUCUUGAUAAUGGAUUGAGAGCAAAAGUUGCGGAUUUUGGUUUGGUUAAGAAUGCACCUGAUGGGAAGUACUCGAUAGAGACAAGAUUGGCAGGGACUUUUGGUUACUUGGCCCCAGAAUAUGCUACUACAGGGAGGGUGACAACGAAAGUGGAUGUUUAUGCAUUCGGGGUAAUCUUGAUGCAGUUGAUUACUGGCCGAAAAGCAAUAGAUGGAAGUAUGCCGGAUGGGAGAUGUCAGUUGGUUACAUGGUUCCGAAUGGUCCCUAUCUGCCAAGAAAACAUGAUGAAAUUCAUUGAUCGAGUUCUUAAUACUGAUGACAAUGAAACCCUUGAAAGUAUCUUGAAAGUGGCUAAGUUAGCACACCAUUGCACUGCACCAGAACCGUUUCAGAGACCUAAAAUGGGUUAUGUAGUAGGCAUAUUGGCCCAACUGGUAGAAGAUUGGAAUCCUUCUCGACACAAAAAAGAUAUAACGUAUGGCCACAAGCACCAUAUGAGCCUUCCGAAAAUUCUGCAAGACAAUGAGGCGGAUACCUCAAGAAUGCUCAAUCUCUUUCGACCAAACUCGUUCUAACAUAUAUGGUAACAUUCUAAAUCUU